AUGGCGCGAGCUCGGCCGGCAUUAGCCAUGUCCGCGGCGGCGGAGUCGUCGCUGCUGCUGCUGCUGUGCGCGGCGGCGUUCGUGGAGCGCGGCGCGGCGCUGCACCUGUGCACGGACCGCCUCUUCAACUUCACGCAGGGGCGGCACAACGACGGCCUGCCGCACCUCACCCCGACGGAGGAGGCCACGUGGAUGGCGCUCCUCCCGCGCAGGCUCCGCGGCGGCGCCCGGGCCGAGUUCGACUGGCUGGCGCUCUACCGCAGCCUCACGCGGGGCGGCGGGCCGGACUACGGCGCCGGCAAGCCGGGCCCGGGGGACCUGCUGACGCCGGCGUCCCUGCACGACGUCCGCCUCCACGGCGGCGACGACGACCACCUCGCCGCCGGCUCGUCCUCCUCCAUGUACUGGCAGGCGCAGCAGACCAACCUCGAGUACCUGCUCUACCUCGACCCCGACCGCCUCACCUGGACCUUCCGCCAGCAGGCUGGCCUGCCCACCGUCGGGGAUCCCUACGGCGGCUGGGAGGCGCCGGACGGCCAGCUCCGUGGCCAUUUCACAGGGCACUACCUGAGCGCGAGCGCGCACAUGUGGGCGGCCACGCACAACAGCACCCUCAGGGAGAGGAUGACGAGGGUGGUGGACAUUCUCUACGACUGCCAGAAGAAGAUGGGCACGGGAUACCUCUCGGCGUAUCCCGAGACCAUGUUCGACUUGUACGAGCAGCUGGACGAGGCGUGGUCACCAUACUACACCAUCCACAAGAUUAUGCAGGGACUUCUCGAUCAGUAUAUGUUGGCCAGUAACAAGAAAGGUCUUGACGUGGUGGUGUGGAUGACUGACUACUUCAGCAACCGUGUGAAGAAUCUGAUACAGAAUUACACUAUUCAGAGGCAUUGGGAGGCAAUGAACGAGGAGACCGGUGGAUUCAACGACGUCAUGUAUCAGCUGUAUACAAUAACGAAAGAACAGAAACAUCUGACAAUGGCUCAUCUUUUCGACAAACCAUGCUUCCUUGGACCUCUUGGUCUUCAUAAAGAUGGCAUAUCGGGCUUGCAUGUAAAUACGCAUCUCCCUGUCGUCAUUGGUGCACAGAAGAGAUAUGAGGUCGUUGGUGAUCAUCUUUACAAGGACAUCUCAACCUACUUGUUUGAUGUGGUAAAUUCUUCUCAUACAUUCGCAACUGGAGGUACAUCUACCAUGGAACACUGGCAUGACCCAAAGCGGCUGGUGGACGAGAUCAAAAUCAGCUCGAACGAGGAGACCUGCGCCACCUACAACUUCCUCAAGGUGUCACGGAACCUGUUCCGGUGGACAAAGGAGGCCAAGUAUGCAGACCACUACGAACGGCUGCUCAUCAAUGGGAUCAUGGGCAACCAGAGGGGAACACAGCCUGGUGUCAUGCUCUACUUUCUUCCCAUGGGGCCUGGGCGAUCCAAGAGUGUCAAAUCCAGGGGAUGGGGAGGUCCGAACGACACGUUUUGGUGCUGCUAUGGCACUGGGAUAGAAUCAUUCUCAAAGCUUGGGGAUUCCAUAUAUUUCCUGGAGAAUGGUGAAUUGCCAGGGCUCUACAUCAUCCAGUACAUCCCGAGCACCUUCGAUUGGAAAGCCACAGGCCUCACUGUCAAUCAGCAGGCCAAACCUCUGUUGUCAACGGACCCCUUUUUCAAAGUUUCGCUCACCAUUGCUGCGAAGGGAGAUGCCCAACUAGCAAAGGUGAGUGUCAGGAUCCCGUCAUGGACAUCAACUGAUGGCACAAUGGCAAUUCUGAAUGGCCAGAAGCUCUACCUGACAUCCACUGGCAACUCGACCGAUGGUGGUUUCCUGACGGUGACCAAGCUCUGGGCCGAUGAUACCUUGACUCUCCAAUUCCCCAUUACCCUUAGAACUGAGGCAAUCAAAGAUGACCGGUCGGAGUACGGGUCCAUCCAAGCGGUGCUGUUCGGGCCGCACCUCCUCGCCGGCCUGACGCACGGCAAGGUGCCAGUGACAGACAGUAACCACUCCAACGACGGCCUGACCCGGAGCAUCUGGGAAGUGAACGCCACAAACGCCGCCUCCGUAGCCGACUGGAUCACUCCGCUCCCCUCCGAGACGCUCAACUCACAGCUCGUCACGCUGACGCAGAGCGCCGGCGGACGGACCCUCGUUCUGUCGGUGUCGAUCGCCGACGCGAAGCUGGAGAUGCAGGAGCAGCCCGCCCCAGGGACCGACGCGUGCGUGCACGCCACGUUCCGCGUCUACGGCCAGGCGGGCAGCAGCAGCAGCGAGAUGCUGCAACUGCAAGGGCCGAACGUGACGAUCGAGCCGUUCGACAGACCGGGCAUGGCGGUCACCAACGGCCUCCUCGCCGUCGGCCGCCCUGGAGGCCGCGACACGCUCUUCAACGCCGUGCCGGGGCUGGACGGCGCGCCGGGCUCGGUGUCCCUGGAGCUCGCCACCAGGCUGGGGUGCUUCGUGACGACGGCGGCGGCGGCCCCCGCAGCGGGCGCGGGCGCGGGCGCGAACGCCGCCACGCAGGUCGUCUGCCCGGGCAACAACGACGGCGGCAGCGCGAGCGACGAGGAGGCGGCGUUCCGGCGCGCGGCGAGCUUCGCGCGCGCGGCGCCGCUGAGGCGGUACCACCCGCUGAGCUUCGCGGCGCGCGGGACGGCGCGGAACUUCCUGCUGGAGCCGCUGCGGAGCCUGCAGGACGAGUUCUACACCGUCUACUUUAGCCUCGUCGUCUCCGACGCCGAGAGCUGA